AUGCUGCAGAGGAAUAAAAUAAAAGAUCAAAGAGGAAGACAAAGUCACAGUGAGAUCAUUUUGGAUAGCUUGCAUGGCAUGCCUUUCUUCUUGCCUUGGCAUUUGUUGCUGCUGAAGCACAACAGAUGCAGUCAAAAUAUAAGCCGAGGCUCUUCUUUAACACCAACCACCAACACCACAUGGCUGACACGUUCUGGUCUAUAUGCCUUUGGAUUUUACAGGCAAGGCAAUGGCUAUGCUGUUGGGAUAUUUCUUGCUGGAAUUCCCCAAAAGACAGUCGUGUGGACUGCGAAUCGAGAUGAUCCACCAGUCUCCAACAAUGCCACCUUGCUGUUCACAGGUGACGGCCUUGCCUUGCCAACAGCAGAAGGCCAAAAUUACUUGGUAAAAUCUUCUGGCUCUUCUUCUUAUGCUUCCAUGCUCGAUUCCGGUAAUUUCGUGCUGUACAACUCUGGUCGGGAAAUAGUAUGGCAGAGCUUUCAUCAUCCAACCGACACCCUUUUGCCUGGUCAACGCCUUUUAUCAGGAAACGAACUUUUCUCUGCGAAUUCAGAAGCUGAUCACUCAACGGGGAUUUUCCGUCUCAAAAUGCAAAAUGAUGGAAACCUUGUUCAGUACCCUGUAGCAGCGGCGGACACCAGUAUUUAUGCUUUUUAUUCAUCUCUCACUGUUGGCCAGGGAGAGAAUGUGACACUUAAUUUUGGUGCUGAUGGCCAUCUCUACUUGCUCAACAGGAAUGGUACGAAUAUUCGGAAUAUAACAGAUGGAGGUCUUCCUACUGAUGAAGGAAAACUUUACAUGAUUCGAAAAAGAAUGCAAUUUGGUCAGUUGAGUGGGAGUCUUCCAAGGAUAAGUGUGUUCCUAAAGGCCUAUGCGGAUUGA